AUGAAGCCAACACUGGCAUUCCUACUGCUGUUAGCGUCCGUCUUGGUCCAUAUGGGGUCCAGUUUCUCAUUUGGGAGAGAAGGGGCUCAGUACGCCUCCUGGGAUGACAUGAACGUGGUGGCCCACGGGCUUCUCCAGCUGGGCCAGGGCCUCAAAGAACACGUGGAGAAAACCAAGCGCCAGAUAAGAGACAUCUCCACCAAGCUGAAAGCCUUCAAUGGCACAGUGGCUGACUUGAGCAGGCAGAACAAGAGCCUGCAGGAGGGUGAGGAGGCAUUGAAGACCAGAGCCCAGGAGAUGGUGGAGAGAGAGAGCCAGGUGGUGAACAUGUCUGCUGAGGUACAUGCGAGUGCAGAGGAGCUGAGGGCAGAGCGCCAGAGAAUGGACAGGCUAGAAGAGAGGGUGGAUGGAAUGCAGCAAGGACGGGGGCUGAAGCUGAACAACAGCAGUAACAACCGCAGUGAUGAUGCCAACUUCAUCCAGGUAAGUGAACAAUCUGCCACUUUUUCACAAUACACUGUGGGUGAUAUCUAAAAUAUUAAUCGGGGAGUAUUUCUUCCAUUCCUUAAUUAAAUAUGAUUAAUAACAUGAUAAAUAAAUGAAUUGAAUAAAACGAAAGUCAGAGGUCCAAAAUAAUGUUAGCUGCUGACUCACAUCAGAGGGUUCUAAUACAUGUUAUUUAAAUACUUGUUUGUGUAUUUUAGUAUUUUCAAAGAAUGUGGCCCGAAUCAAUUACUUCAAUGGAAGUAUUUUAAAGUAAUUUCAAAUACUUUCCUAUAAAUUGCCUACUAUUUGAACAUAUUUUCAAAAACGUAAUUCCAAAUGCAUCAUUUCAAAUACAGUACCAAACAGACCUGGUUCAAAUGCAUGAGUGUAUUUUAGUAUUUUCAAAGUGCAUUUCCAAAUACAUUCCAAUUACAAAUACAUUCCAAUUAAUUACUUUAAAUAAAAAAAAUAUCAAAAUACUUACUUCCAAAUGUCUUUGUAAUUGAAAUACCCUUUGAAAUUGAAAAUAGUAUUUGUACCCAGGUCUGACUCACGUUGACAGUUUGAUCUUGUGAUGAUGGACAGUGAAGUUAUACGAGUCAAGUCCUGUAUUCAAGUAAAGGGGCAAGCUUCAAUAUACUGCAAUUAUGGAAAGUACAUCCAUGUCCCACAUUAUCAAUAUCUUCGGAAGUUAAGAAGAGAUUGUGAACACAACGAAAAACAGAAAACAGAUCUCAUUUGUGUCACUUCUUUCCUCAGCGGUUACUGGAGGCACAGAAUAAAUGGAUAGAUGACCUGGUGGACAGAAUAAGGCAACAGCAGGACGAACUGGAGAAACAGAACAUGCACCUACAGGCACUCCAGGGCAAGGUAUGUACUGUACAAUACCCCCUAUUGCGUGUAUGUGUGUGUACAAUAUCUGAUGGGACAUGUUUGUCUUUUCCCUCAGGUUAAACAGAGGAGAGUGAAGUCCGUUGUCAGGCGGAAACAUCAGGAAAUAGCACUGAAGGAUUACACUGAAGAAGUCGCUUCUCUAACUGGUAAGCCUAAUACAUCUUAAUAGAAUAUGGACAUUGAAUCCACUCCCACUAGUCAAUUUUGUUGAAUUUCCAAUUCACUCCCAUUUACACGACCUACUCUUCAACAACACACAACCUUUACUCCAGUUUUUCAAAAGCCAGACCAUAUCCCUCCGAGUUCUUUUUCUACACCAUCCUGAACUGUUACAGCUGUUGAGGGAGGAGAACGCUACAAAAGCCUAAGAAAAAUACUAGACAUUUCUCCUUCAGCCCUUCCUAUGUAGUCAUUGAUAAGCAGCUGGCAUUGCCCUAGAUCAUUAUACAAGUUGCCACUGAAUACGUUAAAUGAAUAUGAAAUGGUUACUGAUCAACGUGUAUCGGUUUUGUUGUUUCAGAGUUGGCCACGGACUGCCAUGAGUUGUUCCUGAAAGGGGAGAGAAAUAAUGGAGUGUACGCCAUCCAGCCUCGCAACUCUCAGCCCUUUGACGUCUUCUGUGAAAUGACUGCUGGUGAGUGAAAGAAAAACUCAAAUCGUUUUGUUCUUGGUUGCUCUAAACUUCUAAAAUCGCCAUCGGCUGGAAUUUGCCCCGACAGAUACAGGCUUCUCCAAGAACAGUUGCUUUGCACAGGGAAACACCAUUGGCUGUGGAACGAUUGGAACAUUCCUUGGCUAAUUCCCUCUCUCUCCGUCUUUUCUUUUACAGAAGGUGGAUGGACGGUCAUCCAGAGACGGCAAGAUGGAUCCCAGAAUUUCAAUCAAUUAUGGGAGGCCUAUCAAAAAGGCUUUGGCAGCCUGAAAGGUAUGUUCUUUUAUUAGAGCAAAUGUAUAUGGAAACCCUUUCAAUACAGCCAAUAUUUAAAUAAUGUUCACGUUCAUGUGAAUAAUCUGGAUUCUAAUUCUCUUUUAGGUGAGUUUUGGCUGGGACUGGACAACAUCCACACUCUGACCAAACAGGAAGAGCUCACACUGCUGGUGGAGCUGUCUGAUUGGAGGGGAGAGGCUCAGUCUGUGCAGUACACAUUCCGAUUGGGUGGAGAAGAGAGUAACUACGCCCUCUACCUCCCCAAGACUAUAUGCGAUAGCCUGGAAAAUGGCUUAACCACCGGGCCCUCCGGACUGUCCUUCUCCACUAUCGACAGAGACAACGAUCUGAACGCCGAUGUCAACUGUGCCAAGCAACUCUCUGGUAUUUUAGUGUUUCUUGAACAUUUUACUCUGAAAUUGCAUAUUUCUUGAACCUCACUGAACUUCUUGAAACUUCUCAUCUAAUAGUAUGUUCUCUAACAAGUGUCUUGUUUCCUCAUAGGUGGCUGGUGGUUCAGCAACUGCGGUCAAUCCAACCUGAAUGGCAAGUACCCUAGAAAACCCAACAUACGUCAAAGACGACAGCCAAGGAAGCAACUGAUAUUUUGGAAGACCAACCAUGCCCUGAGGACCACUGUAUUGAAAAUUGCCCCAGCUACAGUCAAGUCGUCGGUGGAUCAAGGUUAUUAUUAG